UACACGAGCGGUGCCUUGUUUUGGUCUGGUUACGGCGUCGCAAAAAAGAAAACUCAGCUAGUUUUGGAGGAACUUGUGCAGUGGUUCAAACGGACUUGGUACGUUUCCGUUGUAAAUAACGGUCAGAUGCAUACUUUGCGUCGGUGCUUUGUGUAAUUGCACUUUUGGGAUUUUUGCAGACAGCGCUUUGAUCUCCGGGGUAAAUGGGGUCGUGCGCUGCUGACUGCGCUUGUUUUGAUAAUGCAUUCGGAUCUCCGGACUGAAAAGGACACUGUUUUGUCAUUUUUGCUGUUUUGUGUUUUUUUACAUCCUAAACUUGGUGCUUUCCGGUACUUGCAAUAUUUUUAAGGAUGUCCGAUGGAUUAUUUAAACUUAGUUGUAACAAUGUAAUGCUGCUGAAAAAAAAAUCCAAGUGUGCUACGGUAUCGAUGAACUGUUACAACUAAAGCUCUUGACGGAGCGCACAAACGUGACCUGUUUAAGUGCUAUUUUUCUAUUUUUACUCAAUGGAACCGUUUUUGUCUCAGCGCUCACAUUUGGCGAAGAGUACAUGCACACGGCUUUGACUUUCGAUCCUGCAGUUUUUCUAUAAUAAUUUUUUAUACCAUGGCGAGCCUCACCACCGAGCAAGGAUGUUUUUCGGACGUGAAGAAGGUGGGUUAUUUAAGGAAACCCAAAAGCAUGCACAAAAGGUUUUUUGUACUGAGGGCGGCGAGCGCCUCCGGACCGUCCCGACUGGAGUAUUAUGAAAACGAGAAAAAGUGGAGACACAAGUCUGGAGCGCCCAAAAGGUCCAUUCCGCUGGAGAGCUGCUUUAACAUCAACAAAAGAGCGGAUUCUAAAAACAAACAUCUCGUCGCGCUUUAUACCAAGGAUGAGUACUUCGCUAUCGCUGCUGACAGUGAGCUAGAGCAGGAGUCGUGGUAUCAAGCCCUGGUUGAUCUUCAUAACAGAGGUAAGGUCCACGAAACUGCCGCGGGCAGCGGAGUUGGAGAGGAUAAUUACGGCGAAGCCACGCCGGGACCUGCCUUCAAAGAAGUUUGGCAGGUAAUUUUGAAACCAAAGGGUCUCGGUCACACAAAGAACUUGAUUGGUGUUUACAGAUUAUGCCUCACCAAUAAGACUAUCAGUUUUGUGAAACUCAAUUCUGAUGCGGCCGCUGUGGUCCUGCAGUUAAUGAACAUUAGGAGAUGUGGUCACUCUGAAAAUUUCUUUUUCAUUGAAGUCGGGAGAUCAGCUGUAACCGGGCCUGGGGAGUUUUGGAUGCAAGUGGACGACUCAGUCGUGGCUCAGAACAUGCAUGAAACUAUAUUAGAAGCCAUGAAAGCCAUGAGUGAGGAGUUCAGACCCCGCAGCAAAAGUCAGUCAUCUUCCAACUGCUCAAACCCCAUCUCAGUGCCUGUCAGGAGGCAUCAUCACAACAAUCCUCCCCCCAGUCAGGUUGGUUUAGGCAGGCGCUCUCGGGCAGAGAGUGUGACAGCCACUUCUCCCGUUAGACCUGGCAAACACAGCCAUUCGUUUAGAGUGAGAGCGUCCAGUGAUGGGGAGGGCACCAUGUCCAGGCCGGCAUCCGUGGAUGGAAGUCCAAGCAGUCCAAGCACAGCCCGACCUCAAUCGCAGCGACACAGGGGUGGAUCCAGACUUCACCCGCCACUCAAUCAUAGCAGGUCAAUCCCCACGCCCACCUCACGGUGCUCCCCCUCCGCCAUUAGCCCCGUAAGCCUAUCUUCCAGUAGCACCAGCGGCCAUGGAUCCACAUCGGACAGCCUCUUUCCACGCCGCUCCAGUGCCUCCAUAUCUGGAUCGCCCAGCGACGGCGGAUUCAUCUCCUCAGAUGAAUACGGAUCCAGUCCCUGCGACUUUCGGAGCUCCUUCCGUAGCGUGACUCCAGACUCGCUUGGCCACACGCCACCUGCCAGGGAGGAGGAGAUAAACAACUACAUCUGCAUGGCCAAGCCUGGUUCACUUCCUGGCACCGGGAGCCAGUCGCGAAGUCAAUCCAGGGGAACGCCAUCGAGACUAGAGGAACCAGAGCUGGAGAAAUGUUUCCGGAAGCGAACUCAUUCUUCUGGCGCUUCACCGCCAACUCCUUGCCAUCAGAAAACUCCCUCGCAAUCGUCCGCAACUUCACUGGAGGAAUAUACUGUAAUGAUGCCCACAUACCCAAGAAGCCGCUCCGCAUCAUCAUCGUCGUCAACAUACAGGCAUUCCUUCAUGCCAACACAUUCAUACCCAGAGGAAGGUAUAGACACUUCACAAGCUAAAGACCACAGUAGACCGGAUCACAAAGAUGACGGCUACAUGCCCAUGCUGCCAGGAGUUGUGCCUGCAACCCCAACACCGAAAAGCGGUGACUACAUGCCCAUGAGUCCAAAAAGUGUGUCUGCACCACAGCAAAUUAUCAACCCCAGGCAACACUCGCAUGUUGACUCCAAUGGUUACAUGAUGAUGUCACCAAGUGGCAGCUGCUCUCCAGAUGGCACAACAAACUACGGCAAGAUCUGGACUAAUGGAGUCAACCCUAAGCUUUCCAUAGAGAGCAUGGAAGGUAAAGUGUCAUCUUGUGGAGACUACAUAAACAUGUCCCCGGCUAGUUGUUCAACGACCAGCACGCCUCCAGACUGCUUUUUCAAUCCUGUAGAAGAUCCUCCCAGGCCGAUGUAUGCUUACUUUUCUUUGCCCCGCUCUUUCAAACAUGCCAACAGGAAGCAGGACCAGAGCCCUCUUCGGAUGUCACUGGGCUCGAGUCGAUUGGCGUAUGCAGACUCUUCUUCAUCUUCAGCGAGCAGCGACAGUUUGGGAGGUCAAGGCAACUCUCAGCAAUCUGCUGUCAAGCCCAAAAGGUCAGAGGGCAACGGGAGGCUGACACGUCCAACACGGUUGUCACUGGAUGCUAGCAAAGCAAGUACUCUUCCACGAACACGUGAGAGUCCCUUCCCCACAGAGCCCAAAAGCCCUGGAGAGUAUGUCAACAUUGAAUUCAACGACAAGGCGUUUUCGGCAAGCUUGGCGUCACUGUUCCCGCCUGUGUUUUCCGGAAGUGAUGCUGAGGCCCCGUCAGACCUUUCAUCAUCUGAAUACAUGAACAUGCAGCUGGGCUCGCAGGUUGGACGUUUGUGCCCAGAAAUGCAGAUUUCCACUUCCUGUUCAGACUAUGCCAUAAUCACUCCAUCAAACUCUGUAUCCUCCCCUCCGCUGCCCUGUGAGAGCAUAUGUGACCGUGACUACAUCAGCAUGCAGUUAGCAUCCUGCACUAGCUUUCCUGAUACUCGAAUGAUGCUCAUGACCGAAGCCUUGCCGGAUGCAGAUGAUGCCCCUCCUUGUUCUGCAUCACCCAAUCAUGAUGUGACAGCAUUAAGCGGUGCUCCAGGAAGACCUGCUCUGAUCGGCCCUUUGUCAGGCCUUAGUGCAUUCACACGGGUAAACUCCACUUCUGGACGGAACCAAGGGGCUAAAGUAAUCCGAGCUGAUCCACAGGGUCGACGACGACAUAGUUCAGAAACCUUUGCUUCUACUACAACCAGGGGGUCAGUCGAUACUUCAGCCACCUGUCAGUCAGGUGAAGUGAAGCGCCACAGCUCCGCCUCUUUCGAGAAUGUGUGGUUAAGACCCGGCGAGGCCUCUGCUGCUUCACCUGCAUCUACAGUAACCAACGGACUAAGGGAAAACUCUUCGGGCUCAAUUCCCACAUUAACAAACCAUGACCAGAACGGCCUGAAUUACAUCGAUCUGGAUCUGGUGCAGAAUGGAGAGCAGCAUGUUCCAGACUGGAAUGCGUUCCAAUCUCGGCCAGUGGAGCUGGGAGCCGUGGAAGGUAUAGAAGAGCUCAGUGCCUACGCCAGUAUAAACUUCCAGAAAUCAGAUGAUACCAGAGGGAAUCUCACAAGCAGAGAAGAAUGAAGAGUAGAAAGCCGCCGUUACUUCAGCAUCAAGAUCUCUCCCCGCUCACCACAAGCCGGACCUCAGAAAACUGGACCUCAAUAAACUCACUAACCUCAUUUUCCAGAACCACAUUAUCACCCGGACGCUACCGAAACCAUAUGGACAAAACAGACCUCAUCACAUCACAUAUCCGGACCUCACAAAUGCUGGAAUCCACUAACCAUAAAUCUGUCACAACCGGACUUUCACUGUGCGCACCUUUUCAGACAUUACCAGACGUUACUGUUAAAGACUCUAGUUUCUACCGCAAAACGUGGUAAAACGGCACCUUUUGAGGUAAAGGGCAAUGGUACUGCAGUAGUAGUUAUAGUUUCUCAAGUUACUUUAAUAAUAUUUAUGUAAUUGAUGGUACUUCAAUAGUGCCCGACGUACGACAGUUUGUUUGGUACAGGGAUGCUUUACGAGGCAGCCAUAUUGCGUUGGGUUUGUACGACUGUCCCUAACAGUGUUGAUUGUACCCGUUUGCUUCAGUACUGCCAGAUAUUUCCAUUACAUAUGGAAUUACAUAUUGUGAUACAGCUCUCAAUUAGACUCUUUUUAUAUAUAUAUACACCCAGUACGGACAACCUCACCUCAGGAUUUUACAAAAGAGUUUACACACACACUGUGUUUCAGCACUGUGAGCCAUGACUGACCUCAUGCUGCCAAACACACACUGUGAUGUCUGUCAAACCCGUGUUUCAUUACAUGCAUUACAUCCCGUGGAAUUGUAAUAAUAAGCACGUAUAUCGUGAAGUUUAUAUUGGCCUCCGAACACAACUCCACCCCCAUUUUAUUUUAUCAUUAAAACAUUUUUAUUAUUGUUAUCUUGAAAAUCAAGAAACAAUUGUAAUAAUUAGUGUAUAUCUCAUAUAGAGUAUAUAUGGCUACCAAACAGAACUAUGAAUUAUUUUGGUACUAUUUUUUUUUUUUUUUUACAUCCUCUUUUUAUUUGAAAAUAAUUUUGGUACUAUUUGUAUUAUUAUUAUUAUUGUUGUUAUUAUUAUUAUAUAUGCACAGGAUUGGUUACAGUAAAUAGAAUUUUACAUUUAUUACCUGAUUACCUGAUGAACAAUACAGCUGAGAUUUUGUGAAUGAUGAGACGCGGACUUUUCUUUUACUGCCAUCACAAAUGAAUAGAGGCCUUACAGCCCUGGUUGGGCUCAAUAAAGAGCGUAUUCAAGCGAUUACAUUCAUGGGUGUGUAAACCCCAUGACUGAACUAAUGUUUCUGAUCAGAUCGUAUCACUAGUAGUUGGUCAAACUGAACAAAAAAAAAAAAACUUCAGUUACUUACAGUUCAGUAUGAUACCUUGUCUAAACCUUGUAGUGCAAGUCAAUUUUACAGGCAUCAGUACUGGUUUUUUCAUUUCGAGCAUCCUGCUGUUAAGCCUUGGAAGCCAGUCAAAGUUGCUCGCAACUUUUUUUUUUUUUUUUUUUUUUUUUUUUUUUUUUAGGCUGUUUUAUUUCAUGACCGUUGUAUCUUUUAUUUCAUAUGGUUUAUUUUUGCUUAAAAUAACUCUUGCUGGGGCGAUGGUAAGCUCACAGCAACAGGUUUAAAAAAAAAAAAAAAACUCAACGUCUCAUGUUUGCUGCUGAAAUGAAACAAACAAUGAACAAUCUGUAAAUUAUUGAAUAUAUAGAAAUGUUCUUGGUUCUCUUUUAAGAGUUAAAGUAUUUAACAUUUCAUGGUUUGUGUUUCAUUAUUAUUAUUAUUUUUAUUUUUAUUUUUUGCCUUUAGAAUCUCGACACACUUUUGAAAUGUGUCCACUGUUCUUAAGUUCAAUUUUUUUUGUGGGGAAUAUUUGCUUUUAUAGUAAACGUGUAAUCCAUCCUUUUUGAGAGAAUGGUACGGUUCUAUAGAGUUUCCUUAAUUUUGUAAAAGAUGCUUAUUAAUGUAACCUGCACAUCAGGGACUUCCCCCCCCCCACCAACUUCGGAUGGAAUAGCCUUUGGAAACCUGUUACUCUUGCGUUUCCCUGAGCUCUGAUUGGCUUUGACAGUGGUGUUCCUGAAACCUGAUAGGCCGUUCUAAAGGUUGCCUGUCAUUCGAUAGGUUGCAGUUGUCGAUUUAGCACCCUGCGGUUGUGUUAUGAUACAGGGUGUGGGGCAUCACUCUUCCCACCAUUAUGUGGCCAAACGUUCAACAUCUCAACCAAACUUGUUCUCCUUUUGUAAAUAAUUUAUUGUAUAAAUGAAAACCGAUGAUUGGUGGUCAUUGGGCUGUUUGGUUUUUAUGGUUGCUCAAAGCAAGCAAAUAAUUGGUCCUCAUGAAAGAAUGAAUGAAUUGAAAUAUGUAAACAAUAUGAGUGUAUGUACAGAUGAAUGGAUGUAUGCACAUGUAAACAAAUAUGUUUUUAUGUUUUCAAUGAAUGAAAUGACCAGCAGUAAGGAGAGGGCUGUGUAAACCCCUCUCCACUCCCCUAUUUAGAAGAAUGGUAUCUUCUGGAACCUUGAUGUGUAAUAAAGUAGAAGCGCUUAUCUUUUCUGA